AUGAAGGCCUCCGCGAUCGUCCACUCCCUUCUCGGGCUAUCGGCCACUGCCUCGGCCGCUUUCAACCUCGACCUGACCAGUGAUAGCUCCAUCAAAAGCACUGCCAGUACCCUCGCCUAUGGCUUGAUGAAAUACUACAACGGAAACGUGACCGGCGGUAUCCCCGGCCUGUUGCCCGGACCAUACUACUGGUGGGAGGCUGGUGGCAUGUUUGGCCAUCUCAUCGACUACUGGUACUACACAGGAGAUGCCUCCUACAAUGACGUGACUAUGCAGGGCAUGAUGCACCAAAUCACUCCCAAAGGCGACUACCUUCCCGUCAACCAGACCAAUGCCAUGGGCAACGAUGACCAGGGCUUCUGGGCCCUCACCUCGAUGAUGGCCGCCGAAGCCGUUUUCCCGAACCCUCCUUCCGAUACACCCCAAUGGCUCGCCGGCGUUCAGGCCGUCUUCAACGAGUAUGCUGUUCGUUGGGAGGAAGAAAAUGGCCUCUGCGGCGGCGGUCUGCGGUGGCAGGUCUACUCUUUCCUUAACGGCUGGGCCUACAAGAACAGUAUCUCCAACGGUUGCUUCUUCAACAUUGCUGCCCGUCUUGCCCGCUUCACUGGAAAUUCCACAUAUGCCGACUGGGCGCAGAAGAUCUAUGACUGGGAGGUUAAGGAGGGUCUCAUCACCUCCGACUACGUCAUCUACGAUGGCAUCGAGGUCGACGACGCGACCAAGAGCUGUAAGAACAUCCACCAGGUUCAAUUCACCUACAACGCCGGUGUCUGGCUCCAAGGCGCUGCCGCCAUGUACGACUAUAACAAGAGCGAUACCUGGAAGGGUCAUGUCAACGGCAUCUUCAAUUACACCACCCGAACCUUCUUCCAGGACAACAUCAUGUACGAGCCCGCCUGCGAGACGGUUCACACCUGCGACCAGAACAUGGUCAGCUUCAAGGGCUACCUGAUCCGUUUCCUUGCCUCUACCGCCAAGCUGUGCCCCUGGACCACCGACACCAUCACCAAACUCAUCAACACCGCCGCCUCGGAUGCCAUCAAGGUCUGCAACGGCCCCAACGGCCCCAAGUACCCCGGCCCCGAUGGCACCGGCUGCGGCUUCUCCUGGCUCAACGGCACAAACGACGGCUUGAUGGGCGUCGGUCCCCAGAUGGACGCCCUCGCCGCCGUCUUCUACAACCUGCUCCCCAACGCCAAGGCCCCUGCCACCGCCCAGGACCGCGGCACCUCCAAGGGCGACGCCGGCGCCGGCAGCAACCAAGCCCAGCCCCUCCCGGAGCCCCGAGCCAUCACCGGCGGCGACCGAGCAGGCGCCGCCAUCCUCACGAUCCUCAUCACCGCUGGCAUUCUAGCUGGCAGCUUCUUUGUCACUAGCGAUGUCUUGUCCUUUGCAUAA